AUGGCUGCCAACUACUGGGAAUCUACUCAGAGGAGACACUGGCAGUUCACCCGACAGCAACUUGAGGAUCUGCGAAAAAAGCUGGAGGAUGAAGACCAAAACCUCGUUCAGAUGUACCCACUACCCCAAGUGCGACAUCUCAGCAUCUACUUCAACCAGCAGGUUUCUCGAAUCGGAAAACGACUUGGUGUACGGCAGCAGGCUAUGGCGACUGCACAAUUGUAUAUUCGCAGAUUCUACUCGAAAGUCGAAAUUCGACGCACGAACCCAUACUUGGUUAUUGCGACUGCUGUAUAUCUAGCCUGUAAGAUGGAGGAAUGCCCUCACCACAUUCGGCUCGUUGCCAGUGAAGGACGAACCCUGUGGCCAGGCAUGUAUUUUUUCAGCAACGACACUUCGAAAUUAGGAGAAUGUGAAUUCUUCCUCAUAUCCGAAAUGAGCUCUCAAAUGAUCGUUCACCAUCCAUACAGGAGCCUUACGUCCCUACAAGGUCUCUUCUCACUUACCCAAGAAGAAUCCGCGCUUGCUUGGUCCAUCAUCAACGAUCACUAUAUGACCGACCUGCCACUCUUGUUUGCGCCGCACAUAAUUGCUAUCAUGGCCAUCCUGUUAUCACUCGUGCUCCGACCAAACACUACUGGCAUCCAAUCUGCUAGUGGUUCUGCUGGCACUAUUGCAAAUGCUGCACAAACGGCCCUUGGCUCGGCUGGCCAGUUCAAGCCGACUGGCGAGAAGCAAGGUUCAACGCCGAGAACUAAAGUGCAGAAGCUCGCCAACUGGCUUGUAGAAAGUAGUAUCGACAUCGAAGCUAUUGUCGAUUGUAUUCAAGAGAUUAUUUCAUUUUACGAGGUCCAAGAACAGUACAACGAGAAGCUCACCAGAGAACAGAUCAACAGAUUUGUCAAAGCACGAGGGCUUGAUAAAUGA